CGAGAUGUCGGCCAGUAGAGCUGCUGCAGUUUACAGGGACGAUGAUGGUGGACUGCAGCAGACACACUCUGUGAGCUGUAAUGAUGGGCUUCACCUUACAUGCACUAACCUCUGUGUGUUUGUGUGUCUGUUUUUCUCUGAAGCGGUGAAGAGGCUGAUGAAGGAGGCUGCUGAGCUGAGGGACCCCACAGAGCACUACCACGCACAGCCCCUGGAAGAUAACCUCUUUGAAUGGCACUUCUCCGUACGCGGACCCCCAGAUUCAGACUUCGACGGCGGGGUUUACCACGGCAGGAUCGUCCUCCCCCCAGAGUACCCCAUGAAGCCCCCCAGCAUCAUCCUCCUCACACCCAACGGCAGAUUCGAAGUUGGGAAGAAGAUUUGUUUGAGCAUCUCUGGCCACCAUCCAGAGACCUGGCAGCCCUCCUGGAGCAUUCGAACUGCUCUAAUAGCUAUCAUCGGAUUCAUGCCAACAAAAGGAGAGGGAGCGAUAGGAUCCCUUGAUUAUACCCCAGAAGAGAGGAGGACCCUCGCCAAAAAGUCUCAGGACUUCUGCUGCGAGACGUGCGGCUGCUCCAUGCGCUCCGCCCUCCUGGCUCUGACCCCCAACAGCAACCCGAGCGCCGAGGACCACCAGGCCAAAGAACUGGCUCAGCAAAUCAACUUCAAGGCGGAGACCAGUUUAUCCAGACAUACGAGUGAGAGCGGAGGAGCAGAGAGCGAGACCUCCUCGCUCGAUCAGGGAGACGCCUCCACGUCUGCAGGACAGGAAGCGGCUGACGAGCCUCAGACCGAACAGGCAGAGGCGUCAGAAGAGGAGCCCGACCCACUGCCGUCCCCAGUCCGGGUCGCCCCCUCAGCCCCCGGCAGCGUCGGGCUCAGCAGCAGAGCCAGCAGGGUCAGAGAGACGGCAGAGACGCAGCCAGCAGGCCGGCCUUCCCCCCGGCUCCUCGCCAGCAGCAGGAGGAGGACAUCCACACGGGCUCUGCCGUUCUCAUCGUGCUCCUCACCCUCGCUCUGGCCGCUCUCAUCUUCCGCAGGAUCUACCUGGCUAAUGAGUACCAGUUCGACUUUGAGCUGUGACCAGCGAGGCCCCUCACGCCCUCCUUCUCUCGAGUCCAAUCCUCCUACCACAGAACUGUGACCCGCUGCAGUGGAACCAGAGCCGAGUCAGCGGCUUCCACAGACUUUCCUCCCACUGUGCUCGUCAGCAGAGGUUCAGUCUCCUCUGAGGGGAGAUCUCAUUCCUGCAGUGGAGGCACUUUAAUCACCACCAGACCUCCUGGGUGUCUUUUAAUCAGUGUCCAUUUUACUCUCCAGUGUGGUGCAUUUUUUAAGAACAGGAAGUCACACCUCCACACACACACAUCACAUACCUUCUUUAAUGUGUCUGUUGUCUGUCCUAGAGCUGCAUCAUGUUCUCAUUAUUUAAUUCAAAAUGUAAUUUAACAUGUAAUCCUCAUUGAACUGUGGGAGGGGUUUGUCUCACUGUCAUUAUUGGAAAAGUAUAUUAUUCACAGAGAGUGUGUUUAGGGCUUCUUCUUCUUCAUCAUCAUGUGCUUUAAUGUCCUGUUGGGUCACUUCAGUCCAUUAUACCUCUGCAGCAGCCUCAGCGCUCCAGCCUCAGCGCUCCAGCCUCAGCGCUCCAGCCUCAGCGCUCCAGCUUCAGUUCAUACAGGUGCGAUUGAUGUGGUACGUUUUUAAACGUGGGCUCUAGUUUGGAGUCUAAACGACUAUUAGGUACAAAAUGUUUUGGGAUCAACCCAGUAGAUGUCUUCAUGAGCCUGCGGCUAAAACCGGCUGUAGCGGCUGCAAUGUCAUUCUUGGAUCAAAGGAGCCUGUUAAAGUAUGUUUAAUUCUUUCAGAUUGUUAUUCAGUAUGUUAAGUGUCAGGCAAUGUUACAGAAAUAAACCCAAAUAUUUAAUCCUAUUUUUAUGCCAGAAACAUAAA